AAACAACCGAUCAUGUGUGAUGCUCAGAAUUAUCCUGGUGUUUGAGAAUUAGCAUCAGGUCAGCAUAUUUACAUGUGUGAAGCUUUUCAGUUACUCUCAUUUAUUCUCCAGACAGCUGUUUAGACAAUAGGAAAUUAAAUCAGUUUUGCUAAAGAGUUUGCACUUACUGGGGCCUCAAGUUAGUCAGGAAAUCGAAACUCGAGGGAAUUAGCAGACAGAAGGAAAAAAAUGGAAAGCAAGAAAGAGGUGGAAGUGGAGUUGGAGGAGAUUGCAACGGUUGAGGAGGAUAAGGAGAAAGAAAAUCAGGAGAAGGAGACAAAAGAAGAGGCCAUAGCUGAAGGGAAUAUUUACUCCACUCUCACCAGUCCGUCUGAGCAUGAAUAUGGCGUGCCCUCUUCAGUUCGCUCUUACUCAGUAAAUAAAGAUCCAUCGCAAGAUAUUCACCGGAAACUCCGUGUUUACCGCAUCGUUUCGCUGGUUCUCUUUGUCAUCUGCGUCAUUUUGCUGAUUGUGGUCCUUGUUCUGUUUAUAAAGUUGACUGGAGCGCAGCCAUGUCAGAAGAUAGAGCAGAUUCAAAGGUCUCCACCAGAAGAGGAAUGCAGCUUGAAGAAAUGCCAUGAGGUUUACCAACUGCCUCAGCAUCUGUGCACUGAAUGUGGCAAGGGCUGGCUGAGGUUUGAGAAUACUUGUUACUUCCUGUCUCAAAACCGUUUCACCUGGCAGCAGAGCAGGCAGGAAUGCCAGAGAUUGGGAGGAGAUCUUGCUGUCAUCACUAAUGAACGUGUGCAGAUGUAUCUGAGUAGGAAAGGGAGUUUGCACUACUGGAUUGGGCUAAAUCAUUUGGGGACAAAUGAAUGGACAUGGAUUAACAACACUGUAUCGACAGUGAGAUAUUGGGGAGACCUUUCCUUACCUGGAGAGUGUGCCAUCCUGGCUGGAAAUGAACCACCUGAACGGAGCUGGCGCCCAUCUUCCUGCAGCUUAUACUUACAGUACAUCUGUCAGAAGAUGUAGAUGUCCGAACAUCAUCUACACUAGGGCUGUGCAAAAAAUCGAAUGCGAUUUUCAUGCGCAUCUCCUCAGUAAAGGCGCUCCUGUGAUUAGUAGUAUAUCUCCAGCAAAUUGAUUUUAAAAUCGCAGGCGAUUCUUUGUCGAUUUUGAAAGCGAUUUUGUGUAGCUUGUCGGUGGACUAUGGCUCUGUGUAGUAAAUGCCGCUCCACCUGAACCAGUGUUGCCAAGUCUGCGGUUGUUUUUCAUGUCUGUGGGUUGAAGCAACCCCAAUACCAAUAACGUGAUAUUUAGCCCCUAAAAUGCAAAUUUUACCAAGGCAACCCUGCCAAAAAACGUAUAUUUUAACCCUGGGACACAAUUUUUAUCGGGGAACCUCCUGGAAACGCGAUUGGGCUAGUUUUGGACUCGUUUUGAGAAGCAACUGGGCAGGAUUUGUUGUGAAAACCUGGCAACCCUGAUCUUAACGCACGUGCUGGAGAUAUACUACUAAUUACAGGUGCGUCUUUACUAAUGAGAUGCGCAUGAAAAUCGCAUUCAAUUUUUUGCACUGCCCUAAUCUACACCCACUGAAAUCACCUAUAUAUGGAUAUCAUUACUCAACAAAUACUCAAGAUAAUCAUCUUUUCUCUAAAGAUUCUAGUCAGAAACAGGGACGUUUGGGUCAUCAACACAGCAUAAAGCUUUUAUUGUACAACGUGCAUUAUGAAGCAUUAUAGAUGCAGUAUAAAACAGUUUUAGAAAUGGUCCCGUUUAUUUGUAUUACAGUUGCACUUAUUUCUAAUUGUACUGAUCAUUUACACAAAGUUUAUUUGCACUAAAUAUGUCUAAUGUUCACACGAUUUACUGAACUGCAGAUACUUUCUCUUUAAACUGUCUCUUUUGUAUUGCUUAAUUAAACAUACAUACAACAUUUAACAAUUUAACAAUAUCGAUGGUGCACAGUUUAGCUUUGUCUACCCAGUACAACACAUAUAUUUGUAUAUUAAAACACAUAAAUAACUCAGAAUUACUUAACAGGAACCCUUUAAAUAUGUCAUAUCACCCAAAAAUUACUACUUGAUCUUGAGCCAUUUUUAGAUAUAAUUGGUAUCUAGACAAUCCACAUUUUCUUCCUUUUCACAUUCUAUACUCUGCCGAAUGAGCUCCCAGCAUUUUUUUGGUUUCCUCUGGAUUUUAGGCCUGUUUUCCACAGUAAAACUAAUCUGCUGUGGAUCAUUUCCAGGGUCACUCUUGCCUGUUUCCUCCCUCUCCUUAGCUGGUACUCCAUCCUUUGAGAACGCGUUAAUGUAGCGUUUCAUCUUUUGCACCAAUAGGUCAUUGCGAUCCUCCACUCUGGAAUCAUGAGAUAUUGUUAAUAAAUAAGACGAAUCAAA